AGUUCAGAAGAGCAGAGAGGAGAGGAGCAGUGCGGGAGAGACGGUGCCCAUCCGUCAACUAGCUGGAGGAACCCACACUAACAAACCCUUAUGGCUGCUUGAGAAAUAACGAUACACCCCCCCUCCCCCUUUUUUCUCUUUCUCUGGGACUUUUGGCUUUUAGUAUUGUCCUGACCAGAAGUUGUUGCAAGUCUAAUUAGUUUCUCCAAGUUGAAAAGUGAAUCCACUUGCUGUGGACGUCUCUGACUGGCGGUCAUGGAUACCCAUAUAAGAUGGAAAGUUAAACGGAGGAUAAGGGACGCCCAAAUCACUUUAGCAGUGAUUCUGCUUUUUGUCACAUCGCAAGCAAGUUCAGCGGAACCAGAAGACCUCUUGAAGAUUUUAGAUUUUCACAGUUUACCUGAGGGUGUUACAAAAACAACGGGUUUCUGCUCACAUAGAAGGUCAACACAAGGACCCGAUGUGGCUUACAGAGUAUCCAAACUCGCCCAGCUCAGUGCCCCCACCAAACAGCUGUAUGGAGGUGAUACGUUCCCUGAGGACUUUUCCAUCUUGACCACAGUGAGGCCUCGGAAGGGCAACCACUCCUUCCUGUUGUCUGUGUACAAUGAACAGGGCAUCCAGCAGCUCGGACUGGAAGUGGGUCGCUCUCCCAUGUUCCUGUACGAGGACCACACAGGCAGACCCAGCCCAGAGGACUACCCACUUUUCAGAGGAGUCAAUCUAGCUGACGGAAAGUGGCAUCGAGUGGCCAUCAGUGUGCACAAGCAGACCAUCACCCUCAUUCUGGACUGUAAAAAGAAGACCACCCAGAAGUUGCUCCGAAGCCCCCAUCCCAUCGUCGAUACCAAAGGAAUUAUAGUGUUUGGAACUAGAAUACUUGAUGAAGAAGUCUUUGAGGGAGACAUCCAGCAGCUAAUGAUUGUAGCAGACCAUCGUGCUGCCUAUGACUACUGUGAGCACUACAGCCCCGAUUGUGAAGUGCCAAUGCCCGACCAGCCUCAGAACCAGGACCCCAACACAGAUGAAUACAACACAGAGGAGGACAGCUACUAUUAUGAAUACCCUUACUAUGAAGACGCGGAUGGCAAACCUUAUGAUUCAUCCCCUGAUACUGAGGAGACAACCAAGAAAGAUAAGGUGAUAGAUGGAGACAGUGUGGUAACUUCAGUGAAGGAGGUGUUGGGAGGCAUUGGCGGCACCGACCGCAAAGUGUCCACCUCCAUCUCCACUGGCUCAUCCUCUUCUGCAAACCCUACUGCUACUGCCACCGAUGGAGGGGACGCCUACGGAGCGGAGACCGGUACUUACGACAGCUACGACGCCUACAGUAACUACGAGACCUACUAUGACGAGUCUACAGCGGCACCAGACGGUGACAGCUCUCGACGCGUCACCAUCACCAGCAUCGGCACCGGGGGAGACCUGGACCUGGGAGCAGGGGCUAAGAUUGACUUGGGUGCUGGAACUGGAACCGGAAUCGAAAGCAGGGUCGUUACCGGUGGAGGAGGAAGUUCAAUGACGAUCAUCAGCAAUAAAACAACAGUUGGAGGUUCCUACGAUGACUAUGACGAUGCAUAUGAUUAUGGCGUGGAAAGCCAUUACGGAGCUGGUGGAGCUGGUGGAGCUGGUGGAGCUGGCGGCAGCAUUGGUAGUUCAGUUGGUGGUGGAGGAGGCAGCAGCAGCAGCUCAGUUCAUAUUGGUGGUGGAGGAGGCAGCAGCAGCAGCAGCAGCAGCAGUUCUACCAUCACCCUCGGAGGCGGUGCUGGUGGAGGAGGUGCUGGUGCAGGAGGUUCUGUAUCUGUCGGUGGUGGUUCUGUCUCUGUGGGAGGAUCUUCUUCUGGAGGAGGCACAGCCACUGCUGGCACCGGAGCCGGAGGAUCCAUUGCCACCGGAACAGGCCUCGGGGUGGAAGGCGACGCGGAAUACACUGAUCUGGAUGGGUUCAAAGAGGAGCACAUCACAGACUAUAGUGAUUUAGACCUGUAUGAUGGCUAUGAAGACCUGGAUUAUGGAGACAAAGGGGCCAAAUUGCUGCCUGCUGAGACCGAUGAGUAUUACGGCCAGGUCGAUGGAGCUCGCGGCGAGAAGGGACAGAAGGGAGAGCCUGCUGUUAUUGAGCCUGGAAUGUUGGUGGAGGGUCCGCCUGGGCCUGAAGGGCCAACAGGUCUCCCUGGACCCCCAGGUCCUUCUGGCCCACCAGGCGGCUCUGGAGAUACUGGAGAGAGGGGUCCUCCUGGUCGUUCCGGUCUUCCUGGUGCUGAUGGUCUGCCAGGACCCCCUGGAACUGUCCUGAUGCUGCCUUUCAGAUUCAGCGCCGGAGGUGACUCUGGACAAAAGGGACCUGCUGUAUCAGCGCAGGAGGCCCAGAUGCAAGCUAUCAUGCAGCAGGCUAGGCUGGCUAUGCGCGGCCCUACAGGUCCAAUGGGUUUGACUGGCAGACCCGGCCCUCUGGGUCCUCCUGGUGUCUCGGGACUGAAGGGAGAGUCUGGAGAGGCUGGUCCUCAGGGACCACGUGGGCCUAUGGGAUCCUCUGGACCCUCUGGAAAGCCUGGCAGAAGGGGUCGUUCUGGGUCUGAUGGUGCCAGGGGCAUGCCAGGACAGUCUGGACCCAAGGGAGACCGAGGGUUUGAUGGUCUGGCUGGACUUCCUGGUGAAAAAGGACACAGAGGUGAAAAUGGCCCAUCUGGACCUCCUGGCGCCCAUGGAGAAGAUGGAGAGAGGGGAGAUGAUGGAGAGAUCGGACCUAGGGGACUUCCUGGUGAACCAGGGCCCCGUGGUUUGCUGGGACCAAAAGGACCUCAGGGACCUCCUGGACCCCCUGGCGUUACUGGAAUGGACGGCCACUCUGGACCCAAAGGAAACAUAGGACCUCAAGGCGAGCCUGGACCUCCUGGACAGCAAGGCAACCCAGGUGCCCAGGGUCUUCCUGGGCCCCAAGGAGCAAUUGGAACUCCAGGAGAGAAGGGCCCUACUGGAAAACCAGGUUUGCCAGGAAUGCCAGGUGCUGAUGGUCCACCGGGUCACCCUGGAAAGGAAGGGCCUUCUGGAGAGAAAGGACACCUGGGCCCUGCUGGCCCUCAAGGACCCAUUGGUUAUCCUGGGCCCCGAGGCGUGAAGGGAGCCGACGGUGUACGCGGUCUUAAAGGACACAGGGGUGAAAAGGGAGAAGACGGCUUCCCCGGCUUCAAGGGAGAUAUGGGUAUCAAGGGUGACAGGGGCGAGCUUGGAUCAGCUGGACCUAGAGGAGAAGAUGGUCCUGAGGGGCCAAAGGGUCGUUCAGGUCUCCCAGGAGACUCUGGUCCUCUUGGGCCAAAUGGUGACAAGGGUAAACUUGGAGUUCCCGGGUUACCAGGAUACCCAGGAAGACAAGGACCAAAGGGAUCUCAGGGUUUCCAAGGUUUCCCUGGCGCCAAUGGAGAGAAAGGAACUCGGGGAACAGCAGGAAAGUCUGGCCCACGCGGACAAAGAGGACCAACGGGGCCUCGAGGAGAGAGAGGGCCAAGAGGACCAACAGGAAAAGCUGGACCAAAAGGUAACUCAGGAAAUGAUGGCCCACCAGGACCUCCCGGUGAGAGGGGUCUGCCAGGACCUCAGGGACCAACAGGUUUCUCAGGACCAAAGGGCCCACCUGGACCCGCAGGGAAAGAUGGACUGCCUGGACAUCCUGGACAGAGAGGAGAAACUGGAUUCCAAGGCAAGACUGGCCCUCCUGGUCCUCCAGGUGUGGUUGGACCUCAGGGACCAACAGGUGAGACUGGACCAAUGGGAGAUCGGGGCCACCCUGGACCCCCAGGCCCACCUGGUGAACAGGGUCUACCUGGAGCUUCAGGAAAAGAAGGAGCUAAGGGUGACCCUGGCCCUGCUGGCCCAGCAGGUAAGGAUGGUCCCCCUGGGCCAAGAGGUUUCCCUGGAGAGAGAGGUCUGCCAGGCCCUGUGGGGGCUCACGGUCUGAAAGGAAAUGAGGGUCCUCAUGGCCCACCUGGCCCUGCUGGUUCUCCUGGUGAGCGUGGUCCAGGUGGCCCAGCCGGACCUACAGGUCUACCUGGACGCCCUGGCCCCCAGGGACCUCCAGGCCCUGCUGGAGAGAAAGGCGGACCGGGAGAGAAAGGACCUCAAGGACCCGCUGGAAGAGAUGGUAUUCAGGGACCUGUGGGUCUGCCAGGACCUGGAGGACCUCCUGGACCACCUGGAGAGGACGGAGACAAGGGAGAGAUUGGAGAGUCAGGCCAGAAAGGAAGCAAGGGUGACAAAGGAGAACAUGGUCCACCUGGUCCCACCGGCCCUCAAGGACCUGUUGGAGCACCUGGUCCUGCUGGAGCAGAUGGUGAGCCUGGUCCCAGAGGUCAGCAGGGUCUAUUUGGCCAAAAGGGAGAUGAAGGAUCACGAGGAUUCCCCGGACCUCCAGGCCCAGUUGGGCUCCAGGGCUUGCCUGGACCACCUGGUGAAAAAGGUGAAACUGGAGACGUUGGUCAAAUGGGUCCACCUGGCCCCCCUGGUCCCAGAGGACCUUCAGGACCCCCAGGAGCCGAUGGCCCUCAGGGACCUCCUGGUGGUAUUGGAAACCCCGGUGCUGUUGGAGAAAAAGGAGAUGCUGGUGAAACAGGAGAGCCAGGUCUUCAGGGAGAACUUGGCCCACCAGGUCCAAGAGGAGAGCGAGGAGAGAAGGGAGAGGGUGGCCCCGCUGGUGCAGCUGGACCUCCUGGCCCCAAGGGUCCCCCUGGAGAUGAUGGUCCCAAAGGAAGCCCUGGUCCAAGUGGUUUCCCUGGUGAUCCUGGUCCACCUGGAGAGCCCGGUCCAGCUGGUUUAGAUGGUCCAGCUGGUGACAAAGGAGACGAUGGAGAAGCUGGUCAGGCUGGUUCCCCUGGUCCCACUGGAGAAUCCGGUCCCUCUGGACCACCAGGAAAGAGAGGACCCCAUGGAGUAGCAGGACCUGAAGGUAGACAAGGAGAGAAGGGAGCCAAGGGAGAGUCUGGCUUGGAAGGUCCCCAAGGAAAGACAGGUCCUGUUGGUCCUCAAGGAUCACCUGGCAAGCCUGGUUCUGAAGGCCUCAGGGGAAUCCCUGGCCCAGUUGGAGAGCAAGGUCUUCCCGGUUCUCCAGGCCCAGAUGGACCUCCCGGACCUAUGGGUCCUCCUGGUUUACCCGGUUUGAAAGGAGACUCUGGUAUCAAAGGAGAAAAGGGCCAUCCGGGUCUUAUUGGUCUUAUUGGACCACCAGGUGAACAGGGAGAAAAGGGUGACAGAGGUCUUCCUGGUCCUUCAGGAUCAUCUGGUCUCAAAGGAGACAAUGGUAUCGCUGGUCCUUCUGGUCCACUUGGUCCCAUUGGUCCUCCCGGAUUACCUGGUCCUGCUGGUCCCAAAGGAGCUAAAGGGUCAUCGGGUCAAACUGGACCAAAGGGAGAGACCGGUACAACUGGACCUCCUGGCCCUCCUGGUCCUCCUGGCGAUGUCAUCCACCCACUACCCAUCCAGGCUUCCAUGAAGGGCAGAACGCGUAGGAACAUCGACGCUAGCCAGAUGAUGGACGAUGCAGCCGUGGAUGCCAACUACAAAGACUACGAUGAUGGCAUGGAGGAAAUCUUUGGCUCACUCAACUCCCUCAAGCUGGAGAUCGAGCAGAUGAAACACCCGCUGGGCACACAGGCCAACCCCGCUCGUACCUGCAAGGACCUGCAGCUGUGCCACCCUGAUUUCCCUGAUGGUGAAUACUGGGUCGAUCCAAACCAGGGCUGCUCUCGGGACUCCUUCAAGGUUUACUGCAACUUCACAGCAGGUGGAGAGAGCUGCAUCUUCCCAGAUAAGAAGUCUGAAGGGGCUAGGCUCACAUCCUGGGUAAAGGAGAAUCCCGGCUCCUGGUUCAGUGAAUUCAAACGUGGUAAACUGCUCUCCUAUGUGGAUGCAGAGGGCAACCCCAUCGGCGUGGUCCAGAUGACUUUCUUGCGCUUGCUGAGCGCUGCAGCCAGACAGAACAUGACAUACAACUGCUACCAGUCGGUGGCCUGGCACGACCUGGACCAGGACAACCACGACAAGGCCAUCCGCUUCCUGGGCUCCAACGAUGAGGAGAUGUCUUACGAUAACAACCCUUACAUUCGCGCCAUCGCAGAUGGAUGUGCGUUGAAAAAGGGCUAUGAAAAGACAGUACUUGAGAUCAACACGCCAAAGGUGGAACAGGUGCCAUUUGUGGACAUCAUGUUCAACGACUUUGGUGGCUCCACGCAGAAGUUCGGAUUCGAAGUGGGCCCUGUCUGUUUCAUCGGCUAAGACUGUUUACUGAGCAAAUGGAGAGAAAAGCAUAUUUUUUUGUUUUCUCAGAAAAAGAAACAAUUGAAAAAGAAUAGGACAAUUCUAUUUGUAAAAAAGUAACUUUUUUUCCAUAAAGCAACAAGUAUGAGCAAAAUGAAAUCAAGUUGAGAAUACAGUGAAAUUCUAUAGGAAUAGAGGAAAAUGAAAUAAGAGCAACCUUGAAACCUCAGUGUGCCUUCUCCAUCACAUGCAAGUUUUGAAACUGGAUGUCAGUUCCUGCCUUCUACAUAACACACUCGCGCACACACACAUACACAACUCCUGCCCCACGUCAUCACACUUGAUAUAGAUGUUUUUGUCCCAAACAAUGAAGGCGACCCUGAGAGCUGCAGCCGAUCCAGACGGUCGCAGCGUUUGCCAUGGACUCCAUCUGAUUUGGCUCUUUUCUUUCUUUAGUUCUGAUCUCAUGGUUUCCCUCAUCUCCCAGGCUUUUUCCACUUGUCUUUUGUUUGGUUUGUUUGCUCAUUCACUAUGGGAGCUUUGUUUGUGCAUAAUUGUCUCGCCAUUCUCUUGGAAUGGUUCUUAUAUAUAAAUAUAUAUAAAUAAUUUUUAUGUUUGUAAGUACAUUCUGUAUAUUUUUCCUGGUAAAGUUUAUUGCUUCUGGCUUCAAAACAUGCAUGUGACUUUACUAAUUGUGAGGUAGGAGACGAUGGAUACAGGGAUAACAUCUAAAUUGUAGAAAUAUUUUGGACGUGAGGAAAUUCGACUUGUAAAUUGAAAAACAAACAAAAAUCGGGAAGUCCUGUCUUGUUGCAGUUGUGGAGCACACCUUGUUGUAAUUUAAGAACAGUAUGGAAAUAAAAGACGAAAACAAGCUCUGUGAUAUUAUGUGACAGUUGAUUUGCAUAACGAACAAAAAAGAAAGAAUUACAUUCCUCCUCUUGUGCCCUCUGAACAGAUCUCCUUUUUAACAGCUUCUAUUUUGUUUUGCUCAAAUACUCAUCUGUCCGAUUAUGCAGUGGGAGAUGAUGUCACAUUUUAAUGAAAACACAAAGAAAUCAAAACCUAGGUGCUAUUUUCUCUCGUCUGUGGUGCUAUGUAUUUUUCUAGUUUGUGUUAUUUGAAUGAAAGGAAAUUUGUGGUGAGAAUAUUCCAUCAACAUCUGCCCCUUGACUCUCUUUGCCACCACGUCCGUCGCAGGUGGAUCUUUGCUGCAUCCAUUUUUUGGUUGUUUUUUUUUUGGUUUUUGGUUGUUUUUUAUGUGCAGCAGUGGUGUUUGCAUGCCAUUUCUCUACAUAUCCAUUUACCGAUCAAUGCAGCAUGUCGGCGUAUGUUAUCUUCUGCUUCAGCGGACCACGCAGAUAAGAAAUGUGUCCCACACUUUUACCAAAAGUUGGAAUAACAAGAGGCAAGUUAAGGUGGUGCUGUUGGCUUUGCAUAUCAUUGCUCUAAGAUGCUGCAUUUUGGGCUCUUGCUGUUGGAUCAUCACAUCAAACUGAUGGAAGUCGAGGAGCGGACAUGUUGUGAUUGGGCCAAAACAUCCAAAGGGAUACGGUCCAAAAUGGGCAAAAAAAUUGUUUGGUGUAUGAAAUCCUAACCCCUCUCACCAAAGGUGUUCACGUAUAUAUUUAGCUUUAAGUGCCACGGUGGCUUAAAAUCUAUUUUUUUGCAUGGGAAACAACUUGAAAAGUAUUUUGUUCUUGAUUUAAUCAGAGCAGAGAAAGGUCACCGUGGUAGACAGAUGAAAGAGUUUGCUCAUGCAGCAUCAAAAAAAUUGCUUGUCAGUCUACGUUUUUGCCCUUAUUUGUAAUUAUGCUCUUUGUUCAAACUAUGCACUCUCUAUGCUUAUGACCACUAGUAUCUACCACAGAAUUUUACAAGCCCUCCAUACUUCAUACGUAGGUUCGUCUUGUUUCCGUAUUUUUGUUUUUCUUUCUUCAAAUAUGUGACUUGAACCAUUUCUGUUAAGAUAGCUCAAUAUGCUUGUAGAUCUUUGGCUUUACUUUUCAUUGUGAUGCAGUACACCCAAAUUGAAUACUUUGCUCUCAAUUUAAAAAAAAAAAAAAAGGACAAGCAAAUUUUUGUAAAUUUCCAGAACCAGCAGUGAUGCUGCCAUUGUUUUGUUUUGUUUUUUUUGUUUUAUUAUUAUUAUUUUUUUUGUAGAUUUUCCGUUUGUCUGUCUGUUUGUUUGUUUUUACAGUCUUGUCAAAACCUGUGUAAGGAUAAGAGGAUAGAAGAUAUAUUGGUUUUUAUGUCAAUAAAUUCAAGUUUACUGUGGCCAUCCACUCUUGUAUGUCUUUUGAAGCAUUAAAACCUAUCUGUAUGCAUGAAAUUGUAAAGUUUUUUUCUCUUGUUGUUUUGUAGAGUGACAUGAUCUCCAGUCCACGUUUUAUUCAUCGGGAUACAUCCAUUUUUUCAAUGCUACAGAUGAAUAAAAAAAGAAAAAAAAGGUCAUGUCCGCAAUUGUGAAGUGGAGAGAAAAUGAUGAACUUGUAACUCUACCAAAGCCAAUGUUCGUUUGUAGUAUAUUUAUUGUAUUAUUUAAAAUAAAAAAAUAAAUGUUAA